AUGAUUCCCAUUUCCUUCGUCGCCGCUCUUGUUGCCUUCGGGCUCAAAGCAGGCCCGUGGGCUUGGGUUAUCAACAUCAUCGCUUGGUACCUCCUCUCGUCUCCCCCCUCCUGGUUCCCUGCCUCCUCGCUCAUCUUCGUUGUCUGGUUUGCUCUGCUCCUGGCCCCCCCUCUGGUGCUCGCGCGCCAAGGAAAGUCACGCUCCGCCCUUGUCUGCGCUGCCGCCCUCCUUGUCGCCUCUUUGGAGGUAUCGGGGUUCUGGUAUCGUGACUGGGAGUGGGAGGAAUGUCUCUACCUUGUGUGGGGACAGCUCCUCGGGCUUGCUUACUUUGCUCAGAUCUUCGUUCGCGUCGUUUUUGCGUAUCUCAUAGUUCGCAUUUUUAUAGCUAUCGAGUACGCAAUGCGCGACGUUGAUGCUGCGCACAACGAUAAUGUUGCGCCGCCGCGCUGGUUUGCCUACUGUCGAGACGUCCUGCUGGUUCCGUGGUCGUUCGGCGUUUUCGCCGGCGGCCUAGUCCUGCUGGGUGUGGUCUUCGCGGCCCAUGGGUUGUCCCGGGUCUGUGGUCGUGUGGUCGGCCUCUGGUCUCCAUCCGUACCCGCCCGCCCCAUGCGUCGCCACCGUCCCCAUCUCGCUGGUUGUACGCUGCCUUCGCUGCCGAAAUGUGCUCCUCUCCGUAAGUCUGACAAGCAGCCGCAGACUUCUGCCUCCGUGCAUCGUCCUCUCCGCCGGGAGUUGAUGACGCUGGAGGAGGUGUUGAAGCUGCCGCCGCAGUCACCUUUGCCCAGAGGCACGUUUGGAGGCCCUGCAGAGCCGCCACGUCCCGAUCCGAAGACAGGCCCAGCCUUCUUCUGGAACGAUAUUGCUGCUCUGCCACCGCCACCGCUUUCGCUCGCUUACCCAGAGGCCAACGAGAUCAUGACGCACGAGAGCCCCAGCGAUCAGAUGGACUGGCGCUACGAUUGCCCCGCUCCAGUGAUGCGUGCUCUGUCGCCUGUUGUUGCUCUACUUCCCGCGCCUGCUGUUCUUGCUGUCGAGCCCGCUUCGGUGGUGGCUUCAGCACCAGCACCAGAACCAGAACCCGUUGCUGUUCUCCCUGUCACUACUGUUCUUGCCGUCGAGCCCGCUCGCGCGGCUGCUCUAGCACCAGUACUGGCACUAGAACCAGAACCCGUUGCUGCUCUACCUGCGCCCGCUGAUUUUGCCGUUGAGCCGGCCCCAGUCGCCUUUGCGACUCCUCCGGCAAUAGCAGAAUCUUCGGACUUGGAUGCGUUUGCUGCAGAACUGGAGGCGGCAAUGAUGAAUGAGGCAGAAUUCGAUGAGCUACUGGCACUACCAUCUCUUCCCCCUGUCUUCGAUUUCGGUUUCAGUUUCGCCCUGCCCGCCGGUGCGCCCGCUGCUCCCACUGGAUUUUCCUUUGGUGAGCCUGUCGCAGCGCCCGAGCGUGCUACCGCAAACGAGACCGUCGAAGUGGAGGAAGAGAAGGAGGAAUAUGACGAGAAGGAGUGGGAGAGAAUCAAUGAGAGGGCAAUGGAUCGAGCUAGUCGUGACUACUCACCUUGCCCCCUCUCCGACGAGCUUCCUGACACCGAUGACGAGAAGCUCGACCCUGAGGACAACCCGGUGAGCUUCGGUUCGAUCCCGAAGCAUCUCAUUGUAACACCGACGUUUGCUCCAACGGAUCCGAGAAAGUAUCGUUAG